GGUUGCACCACCUGGAAGUUGGCCUCAAUCGACUACGGGAGUGGAUUCGGGGAGAAAUUCCUUCUCGGGUCGCCAGCAAAUGGUCCCUCUGCUCAGUGGAUUCGCUGCUCCGAAAGCGCCUCGUUACACGGGACAUUCGGUGGACCAUCGCAAGACGUUUGCCAAGCAAUACCAUGAGUACUGCAAUGAAUGUGCUCAAGCGGCGUUGGCCCUGGGCACGAAGAUCGGCAUUCGACCUAUUGGCACCUGCAUUGACGCGAAGGCGAAGCAGUUUGCUGCCAUGAUGCACCUAGGGAAGGAUGCGUCAUCGGUCACGAAUGCUGAGUGGAUGGCAUACUUCCAGUACGCACUCGAUUUCCAUGGUCCCGAUUACGGCGAUCUUGAGACGAAGAUCAAGACGUCUGUCGUUAUGGAUGACAAAGAGCUGGACGCCGAUCG